GACGUCUCAGACCUCAAUCCAGAGGAGAGCGAGCUGAGCCGACUUUCCUACACCCCAACACACGACAGUGAUAUGAAGGCUCAGGAGGCCUGGCCCAGCCCUCUCCACCACAGUGUGUGGGAACAGAGCACAGCAUCCAGGACCAACAGAGCUCUCAAUCGCGGUGACAUAGGUCGUGCACAAAGAAUUCAGUUCAGAUUCUUGGCAGAUGGGCACCAGCGUCAUCUAUUAGCCAACAGGAUGGAGAUCACAUCCUUAAAUCCCCAGAAGCAACCAUCACUGCACAAGGAUGGAGAAGACUGUCAAGAAAAUGGAAUUCUACAGAAGGGUGUCCCCACCCCUGGGGAUAAGGUGGAGUCCGGCCAGAUCCCCAAUGGGUACUCAGGGGUUCUGAGCCCUGGUGCAGGAGAUGACACCCAGUACUCCAUCCAGGUUGCCACCACCGCCCUAGUGGCUGAGGGUCACCAAGAGGAACGGGAGACCUGGGGCAAGAAGAUGGAUUUCCUCUUAUCUGUAAUUGGCUAUGCCGUGGACCUGGGCAACGUCUGGCGAUUUCCCUACGUAUGUUACCAGAAUGGAGGGGGGGCGUUCCUGAUCCCAUACACCAUCAUGGCCAUUUUUGGGGGGAUCCCACUCUUCUACAUGGAGCUUGUGCUGGGCCAGUACCACCGAAAUGGGUGCAUUUCAGUAUGGAAGAAAAUCUGCCCGAUUUUCAAAGGGAUUGGCUACACCACCUGCAUCAUCGCCCUUUACACCGCCUUCUACUACAACACCAUCAUGGCCUGGGCCCUCUACUACCUCAUCUCCUCCUUCACGGCCCAGCUGCCCUGGACCAACUGCGAGAACCCCUGGAACACGGCCAACUGCACCAACUACUUCUCGGAGGACAACAUCACCUGGACGCCCCACUCCACGUCCCCGGCGGAGGAAUUUUACACGCGCCACAUCCUGCAGAUCCACAGGUCUACGGGGCUCCAGGACUUGGGCAGCAUCAGCUGGCAGCUGGUCCUCUGCAUCACGCUGAUCUUCGCUGUUAUCUAUUUUAGCAUCUGGAAAGGCGUCAAAACAUCUGGCAAGGUGGUGUGGGUGACAGCCACCUUCCCUUACAUCGUCCUUGUGGUCCUGCUGGUGAGGGGGGCCACCCUCCCCGGAGCCUGGAGGGGGGUUCUCUUCUACUUGGAACCGAACUGGCAGAAACUCCUGGAGACAGAGGUGUGGGUCGCUGCUGCCUCUCAGAUCUUCUUCUCUCUGGGUCCUGGCUUUGGGGUCCUACUGGCUUUUGCUAGCUACAACAAAUUCAACAACAACUGCUAUCAAGAUGCCCUGGUGACGAGUGCAGUGAACUGCAUGACCAGCUUGCUCUCCGGAUUUGUCAUUUUCACGGUGCUUGGAUACAUGGCUGAGAUGAGGAAGGAAGAUGUGUCCGAGGUGGCCAAGGAUGCGGGCCCCACUCUUCUCUUCAUCGCAUACGCAGAAGCCAUCGCCAACAUGCCGGCGUCCACGUUCUUUGCCAUCAUCUUCUUCUUGAUGUUAAUCACACUGGGCUUGGAUAGCACAUUUGCAGGCUUGGAGGCAGUGGUCACAGGUGUGCUGGAUGAGUUUCCCCACAUCUGGUCCAAGCGCCGGGAGCUGUUUGUGCUCGGUGUGAUCAUUACCUGCUUCUUCGGGUCCCUGGCCACCCUGACCUUUGGCGGGGCCUACGUGGUGAAGCUGCUGGAGGAGUACGCCACGGGGCCCGCAGUGCUCACCGUUGCCCUGUUAGAAGCCAUUGCUGUGUUUUGGUUCUAUGGCAUCACUCAGUUCUGCAGCGAUGUGAAGGAAAUGCUGGGCUUCAGCCCUGGGUGGUUUUGGAGAAUCUGCUGGGUGGUCAUCAGCCCUCUGUUUCUCCUGUUUGUCAUUUUCAGUUUUUUGAUGAGCCCGCCACAGCUACGGCUUUUCCAGUAUAAUUAUCCUCACUGGAGUGUCAUCCUGGGUUACUGCAUAGGAACCUCAUCUUUCAUCUGCAUCCCCACAUACAUGAUUUACCAGCUGGUCAUCACUCCGGGGACACUGAAGGAGUUUGUCCUUUAUGGCAGUCAUGAUGGUCCACUGGUUCUAUGGACUCAAACCCAGAGGCCAAGCGUGUUAUUAAAAGUAUCACACCGGAAAAACCAACAGAAACUCCGUGUGGGGACAUCCGCUUGAACACUGCAUAAAACGCUUCAAUGAGAGGAAAGUGGUUUUCCAGCAACCUCUUCCCCCAGUUCUGACAAGUCGCACCUCAUCUUCUCCCUCUCAGUGAAUGAGUUUCCAGCUAAACCUGACAGUGGAAGGGCCUUCUUCAUAGAGACACAGCCCCAAAACAUUGUGGUGCCCAAACUCUUAUGGCCUCCAGCCACUUGUUGCUGUGAAGUCUCUGGACAGAUUGCCAUGUUACACUCUGUGAUGCAGCUGAACUGGACUAUCUUGGAUGCAUGAAGAUGUGUAGGGAGGGUGGAAACCACCAUAUGCCAGUUAGGAUCAGGUGUGGCAUCACAUCUGUGAAUGUCUCCUGUAUCUUUUCUUGUUAUGAUCAUUAGUAUUGUGGGGGGAUAGUAAGAAGCGAAGGAAAUUCCUUGACAAGUGGAAUAAGGGAAAUGGAGACAAUUAAGCAAGGCCAAACUAUUUGAGCAAUUUACAGCCAAUGAAUCACAGCUAAUGAAUCACAAGGUUUAAUCUUCCCUAAUCAAGGACACUUGGGAGCAAACUGUUUACACAUUCCAGACUGUCCCAGGACUGCUGGUCUCAGUCCCUCUUCAAUGACAUUCUUUAAAAAUAAAAGCAACCAGAAAAUAACCCGGAUCCCUCUAUGUGAACAUUUUGAUGACUCAACAUACUGAAGGACACACCUGGAAAGCUAGUGGAUAUUCUGUUAAGACUCUCCUCUGAGAUCUCCCCAAGGAUUCCCGCUGCCAAAGAUAAAAAGCCUCA